GUUCUUAACACGCCGACGCCAUUUUCAAUGAAAUCGUAAAAGUCGGAGACACUGCACGGUCCGUAUGUAGAAGUUCUUUGGCUCUAAAUUACACUGCAUUUGGUGUAUUUCGUGCUGCCUAGGGCUCAAUUCUAGAUCCGCACACACACCCGAGCCAAACAGCAGUCAGUGCACACUGGUGUGUAGAGGAGGGCGAAACAAACCGCGCGUGAGCCAGAGCGAGCUGGAUAGCUGACGGGUGGUAUAACAAGUGAGAGAGAAGCCAACAGAGAAAGAAGUGUGCGUGCGUAUGUGUGCGUGAUAGAGAAAAAGAGAGAGAGAGCAAGAGCACAACGUCGAACGACGGGCGUUGUACUUCAUCGUCGUCAUUGUCAUUAUCGUCAUCAUUGUCAUCAUCGGUCAUCGAGCAACCCGAUCGCAGUCAUCGCAGGCUGGUGUGGUGGCUGGCGAAAAUUGCAAAGAAUAAAGGAGGAGAGAGAACGUAGUGCUAGCAACAAUCUUCUUCAUUCCCGUGUCAGCAACAAAUCAAGUGAGCAUCGUUUGGCUCAGCCGUGUGCGUGUGUGUGUGUGUGUGUGUGGUAGCUGCAAGUGUGCAAACUACAGUGACGUGAGUGAGCCCUGCUCGGAGUGCACGGGAGAAGUGUGGAAGAAGGCGAGACCGGCAGGAGUUGUGCAAGUGUCAUUAAAACGGUGAUACACAUCAAGUACAAACAAAAAUCCCCGAAUUCCAACGAGUCGUCCUUUCACGCCCAAAGGGUCAUUUUGGCAAUAGGAAGCGGCAGUGGUGUGUUGUAGUGAGCGAAAUUUUCCAUACUGCGCGUGUGGUGCUAACUAAACUAGACGGCCAAAGGGUGCCAAACUCAUCUACAUCAUCACCGACAUCAUCGUCAUCAUCUGUUACCUGGCCGAGGCACUGGGGAGUUGGUUGCUACAGCCACGCCGCGGUGUGCUUUGUUGAGGAAGCAUUUUUCUCCGCGCUUUCCUCCGUGUGUCGUCGUCACCGUGCGUGCGCCUGCUGAAAAUCGAAGCCGCGAACCACCUCCACCACCACCACCACCACCACCACCACCACCACCACCACCAAUCCGGUCGGUACGAUGACGGAGUACAAACUAGUGGUAGUAGGCGCUGGAGGUGUCGGCAAGUCGGCACUGACCAUACAGCUUAUUCAGAACCAUUUCGUAGAUGAGUACGAUCCGACAAUUGAAGAUUCCUACCGGAAGCAAGUAGUUAUAGAUGGCGAAACGUGUUUGCUGGACAUUCUGGACACAGCCGGUCAGGAGGAGUAUUCCGCGAUGCGUGAUCAGUAUAUGCGAACGGGUGAAGGAUUUCUGCUAGUAUUUGCUGUUAACAGUGCCAAAAGUUUCGAAGAUAUAGGAACCUACAGAGAACAGAUUAAGCGCGUUAAAGACGCAGAAGAGGUGCCGAUGGUGUUAGUUGGCAACAAGUGCGACCUGCAAGCGUGGGCAGUGGAUAUGAACCAGGCCAGAGAUGUGGCGAAACAGUACGGUGUCCCGUUUGUAGAAACCUCCGCCAAAACACGGAUGGGCGUCGACGACGCGUUCUACACGCUAGUGCGCGAAAUUCGCAAAGACAAAGAGAGGGGGAAGAAGAAUCGAAAGCACCACAAACUGGUAUCCAGCAGACGAUUCAAGUGCCAGCUGCUAUAAGGGGCCGCUUGAAAAAAGGGAUCACCGUACGUUACCACCCUCUCUCCCCUUUUCUGCCACCGCAAGCUAGCAAGCCAGCAGCAGCAGCAGUAAUACAGUAUGUCCGCGCCUCGUUUUCUAAUAUUCGACUUAUUCAAUUCGAUACGUGUGUAAGAGAUGGCCGUAGCAAAACAAAGGAAGCAGAGGUAGCAGCAGUAGCAGAACACGGCAAGCCGCCUAUUAUUGAGCCUGGACGUUGUGUCCUGCGUUUCCGGUGCAUCGUCAACCCUGUGCUGCAGGGCCCCACACUAUUUCGCUUUGGUCGCCAGGGCACAGGGUAAAGCGCGAAAUGCUUCAUUCGAGCAGAGGGUAGAGUUGGAAGUUUCACACGCACACACAUCUUUUAAAACGCCGCCAAUCGCCAACCGCGUUUCGCAGUAGCUAGAUAACAACAUUCGGCCAAACCAACUCGACGUGCGACGAGGUGGUCGCAGGGGGAGCGUUAAAGGGAGAGAGGUUCACCCCUCCCCCCGGGAACAGGUGCUUCCAGUGGGAGGGGAGGGGAGGGGCGAGGGGGAUUCGUGGAGCGUUCGUUCGUAACAUUUAGCCAUUUUACCGUGAUUGAUACGCACAAAGCAGAUAGUUUCGUGGUUACAAAUUUAGCAGCAGGAGUUUCAUUUGCCACAUAAAGUGUGGGGUCGCGUUAGGGAGCGGCAGUGCAAUGCACAUGUUUUGAGGGGGGAGGGUGAGGGUGGGAGUUGGGGGUAUACAUUUUGAAGCGGGAAUCUUAGAAGAGUCGCAUCCAACAGUGCGCGCUUUAGACUUGUGGAUGAGGGAAAAAAAUAAUUCCGCUAGUAUAUACCUGCAUUGAAACGCGAAAGGUGCGGAAUGUGGACGGCUGAAACUUUCUCCCUUCUCUCCCUCUCACUCUCUCGCUCUUUCUCCCCGCUAAUUCUCUCUGGCAAACAUCCUUUGCCGGCAGUUACGAUAACACUAAUGUUACAAAACGAAGAAGCAGAAGAAGGAAAAAAAUAUAACAAAUAAGAAGAAACAAGCUGGCGAUAUGUAUAGGCAAUGUUUGUAUCUAAUCUUUGUACCCAGCAACACGGGAGCUAACGUUUCUUCACUUGUCUGCCUGUAAAGAGCGCCAAACAUAAGGAAGGGGUGGUGUAACAUUAAUUACGACCAUUUAGGUAAUCUUAGAUAUCUCUUUUGCUCUUAAACUCAUGUGUCUACUAUCCGAGGAACGAACGCGUGUAAUGAAGUACGAAAGUAUGCACGAAUUUGCGAAAUAAUCCAAAUGCUUUUUUUUUCUCUGGAUGAUGAUGAAGAUGUUGUUUGUUGUUCCUUUACAUAAAAUCAUCCGGACGGUGGUAGUAUAGGCCAAUGGUGUGUGCGUACGCGCGCGCAAGUGUGUGUGUGUGUGUGUGUAUGUGGUUUGGUUAACCUGAUGCAAGGACGAUGCAUUUCACAAGCAAACAUACAUAGAAGAAGCAAAAAAAAUUACGACUCACUGUCCGGAGGACGAAAACGAACAGCUACGGUAAAACAUUCACACAUUCACUGUAACACACGCAAGCACACACACACACACCACGGGUAGGGGAUACGGUAAGGACGACCGGGGCGAGGUGUGCAGGCUAACCGUUAUGCCCGGGUUGUGCAGAAUGCACGGAUGCGUUUGAAUAGAUUAGUAAGAUUUCUAAAAGAAAACCCGCCAGGCAGUGCUCCGACGUGUGUUAGAUAAAGAGAAUUGAGACGGGAAGCAAACGACAUACAUAUACACACACAUCUACAGACACGCAAUCCAUAAAUAAUCCGAUAUUUUAGGUUUUAAUAUUAAUCGAACCAUGAACGCGAAAAGCAGAUGAAAAAAAAGUAUGACAGUAAACAAAACAAACACAACAAAGUUGACCUUAA